AUGAAACCAACAAAUACAUUACUCGCACUCCGAGUAAAAGUUCCCCAACCAGAACUUACAAAAUACACUUUUCAAGACAUAACAUCAAUAUCAUCAAAAGAUCUACCUAAUAAUGGAUUCGGUUUAAAAAAUUAUUAUAUUCCAAAAACCAAAUUCAAUCAUUUCCCAAUAUAUAAAAAAAUUCAAAAUACUAAAAUAACAACUGAAAUAAAACGUAUACAAGGUGACAUCCAUCAAUUGAAACAGGACUUGUGUGAGAAAUUCCCCAAUUUAAAGAUCACAAUGAAUCAAAGUGCUGGAAUUAUUAAUAUAAAGGGUGAUUUGACUAGAGAACUCACAAAACUUUUCAAUAAGGAGAUCCAAUAG